AUGACUACAAUUGUGGAUAAGACAUCUGACGGCGUGGUUUAUCGCGCUGCGAAGACAUAUCCCGUGCCAAAUCUAGACAUCUUGAGUUUGCUGUUUGACUCCGAGCACUGCCUAGCAAAACCCGACACACCUAUUCAUAUCUCCGCCGCAGACCCAUCCCUUCGCUUAACAAUUUCCCGAGCACGCACGCUCACUCAAGCUACCUCAGCAGUACUUCGCAAGCACUUUGGCAUUGGCGCAAAAGGAGCAGGCCAAGAUAUCUGCUCUGUGAUCUCAACCGGCCACUACCUUCUCCCAGUCCUUUCGUAUGGUAUUAUAGGUGCUGGUGGUGUUUUCUCCGCUGCUUCCGCUGCAAGUACCGCUGGUGAACUUAGUAAGCAGAUCCAGGGCGCUGGGUCGAAAGUAUCAGUGACUUGUGACGCAACGAAGGAGAUUGCCGUGAAGGCGGCUGAAGAGGCGGGAUGGGGCGAAGGCGGUGGGGGCAGGGUUUUGCUUAUGAGUGAGGGAAAAGACUGGACGUUGCAAGUCAUUGGGAAAGAUGGACAAUUGGGAGAGAACUUGAUCAACGAGAAUGAUAGGCUACCAUGGCAGAAAAUCACAGAUUCACAGGAGCUGGAAGAUAGUCUGGUGAUCUUGAUUUAUAGCUCAGGGACAACGGGACUGCCAAAAGGUGUGAAACUCUCCCAUCGCAAUCUCGUCGCCGAAGCCGUGAUUCCUGGAGACAUGUUCAAAGCCUGGAUCUCGACUUCCCGUCCGAACUUCGAAUAUCGCACAGUCGCCCAUCUCCCUACCGCCCAUAUCGCAGGCAUUCAAGGCUACCUCAUCAAUCCCUUUUAUAUGGGCGGCAUCGUAUACUGGAUGCCCCGCUUCGACUUCGCACAAUUCCUCGAGUACAACGCAAAGUACAAGAUAACCUUCUUCUUCACGGUGCCCCCCAUCUAUCUGCUCAUCGCGAAAUCACCCGCAGUAACAGACCAGUUCAAAACGCUCGAAAUCGCCAUCUCGGGUGCCGCACCCCUGGGUAAAGAGCUCCAACACGCUGCGAGUCAGAAACUCGGGGGUCCUGAGUGUUUCAUCAGCCAAACAUGGGGUCUCAGCGAGACUACAGGCAGCGCAACAGUCAUGCCCAUCGGCAUGAACGACGACACGGGCUCCGUAUCCCCGCUCAUCCCCAACAUGCUCGCCCGCCUCGUCGACGACAACGGCAAGGACGUCGAGCCCGGCCAGCCCGGCGAGGUCCUCAUCAAAGGCCCCGUCGUCUGCAAGGGCUACUACCAGAAUGCCGCCGCCAACGCGGAAUCCUUCACUGGCGACUGGUUCCACACGGGCGACAUCGCCGAGUUCCGCGACGGCCUAUUCUACAUUGUCGACCGCAAGAAGGAACUUAUAAAGUACAAAGGCCUGCAAGUUGCGCCCGCGGAACUCGAGGCUGUGUUGCUGUCGCACCCAGAUAUCCUGGAUGCGGCGGUUAUCGGAAUUGAAACGGAUGACGGGACGAAUGAGGUUCCUCGGGCGUAUGUGGUUGCGGAUCAGAAGAAGAUUGGGGAGAGCGAGAUUGUGGAGUUUGUGAGGCAGAAUGUGGCGAGUCAUAAACAGUUGAGGGGUGGGGUUGUGUUCUUGGAUCUCAUUCCCAAGAGUCCGGCGGGGAAGAUUUUGAGGAAGGAUUUGAGGGUGCUGGCGAAGAGGGAGAGGGGGGCUAAGCUAUAG